CUCAGCCAAGUCUGUCCCCCUGGCUCCCAGCUCCUCCAGCGCCAACGCUGCUCUGCAUUACCCAGCUUCACUUGGCUUUUUGCGACCUCCAUUCCAUCAUUUUAACAGUUUCAGCCUUUUGCGAAUCGUGUCUGCAAAUAUAUAUUUUUUUGUAAACCAUUUUCCUCAGCUACCUGCAACUGUAUUUUCAAAAUAUCCGAUUCUCUUUUCCAAACAUUCCCGGUGAGAGAAAGCUUCUCCCCCAGUUGUCUGUUUUGACUGGGAUGCGGGUGGUCAUGAUUACAAAGUGAGCUCCAGAUACAGAAGUGAACGCAUCGCCUGCAUCCUUUCCUUUGUCUCAGUUGCAUCCCCUGAACAAUACUCUGUCUCUGGACUGUAAAGAGACACGACAACGUUUUGCUUUAUGUUUUCUACUUUUCCACUGAAGGACUUUAAUUUUUUUCACCGAGGAAAAUUAUGGCGAUGUUCUGGUUGAACUUGCAUGUUGUCCUGGUUUUAUUCGGAUUAUUUUUGGUGUCUUCUCCAUCAACAAGAGCCGAACCCGAACCAGAGCCGGAGCUGCAGGACGAAGAGGAAGAGGAAAGUUCCUGUCAGGGGGCGUUUGACCUGUACUUUGUGCUUGAUAAGUCUGGAAGUGUGAAAAAUCACUGGGAAGAAAUCUACUACUUUGUGGAGAAUUUAGCAGAGAAAUUCAAAAGUCCCAUGCUGAGGAUGUCCUUUAUAACAUUCUCCUCCAGAGCCUCCACCAUCAUGAAACUGACAGAGAACAGAGUGGACAUUAGAAAAGGGCUCAAUGCUCUGAAAAGAGAGAUUCCUGGUGGAGACACAUUCAUGCAUCUUGGAUUGCAGCGGGCAAAUGAGCAGAUUAACCAGGAGAACUUGGGCACGGCCAGCGUGAUUAUCGCGCUGACAGAUGGAGAGCUGCAGGAACAUCAGCUCAUCACUGCACAGCAAGAGGCAGAGAGAGCCAGGACUCUUGGAGCUAUUGUGUACUGUGUUGGUGUGAAAGAUUUCAACGAGACACAGCUGGCCACUAUUGCAGACACCCUCGAGCACGUGUUUCCUGUGUUGGGUGGCUUCCACGCCCUCAGAGGAGUCAUUGAUUCGAUCAUCAAGAAAUCCUGCAUUGAAAUAUUGGCAGCGGAGCCUUCCAGUGUGUGUGCAGGAGAGUCUUUCCAAGUCGUAGUGAGAGGAAACGGUUUCCUCCAUGCCAGGAACAUCAACCAGGUGCUCUGCAGCUUCAAGGUCAACGACACCAUAACAAUCAAUCAGAAGCCAGCCAAAGUAGAGGACACAUUUUUACUGUGUCCAGCUCCUGUCAUCGAUGAAGUGGGGAAGGUUAUCUAUCUCCAGGUGAGCAUGAACGACGGCUUGUCCUUCAUCAGCAGCAACGUGCACAUCACAACUACAGAGUGUUUCGAUGGCACCAUCCUCCUGAUCACCCUGCUGGUGUUGUUCCUCCUGUUGGCCAUGCUCUUCAUGUGGUGGUUCUGGCCUCUCUGCUGCACUGUGGUGAUCAAAGAACCCCCUCCUCCACCGCCUCCUGAGCCUGAGUCAGAUGAUGAAGACGGCCUGCCCAAGAAGAAGUGGCCCACUGUGGAUGCUUCUUAUUACGGAGGACGAGGAAUCGGAGGGAUCAAGAGGAUGGAGGUGCGUUGGGGAGGGAAGGGCUCCACAGAGGAGGGGGCCAAGCUGGAGAAGCCAAAGAACGCCGUGGUGAAGAUGCCCGAGCAGGAGUACGAGCCCUUCGAGCCCAAACCUAAGAAAUCUCACAACAAGAAAGCUCCUCAGAACCGGAAGUGGUACACACCCAUCCGGGGUAAACUGGAUGCUAUCUGGGCUCUGUUUCGCAGAGGGUACGACCAGGUCUCCCUGAUGAGACCCCAGCCUGGCGAUCAUGGUCGAUGCAUCAACUUCACGAGAGUGAACGACGAAUCAGCAGCAGCCAAGGCCAAACCUCGCAGCCCGAUCCACACCCCUUCGACCCCGCCUCCCGACUACCCCUCCAUUACCCCCGCCUCUUCUCCCACCUCCUCCAGCCCUCCUCCUAGAUCCCCCCCGUCAGGACAGCCACUCCCAGGACCGCCACCAGCCCGCACACCUCCGGGACUACCCUGUCCACCGCCAUCACGUCCCCCACCCACCCUACGACCCUGAAUCAUACAGACAAGCCCCUCCCACCCCCAAUGCACCAGCUUUGAUACCAAAGACUCAGCGCUCAGACCAGGUCUUUCAGUUGGAAGGUUUUGGUCCUCACUGCCAAAGAAACUCUUAAAGCCAAAGAUCAGCAGUAUUCGACCUGUCCUUCUAAUUUCUUGUCUCUUGUUUGGGGAAAAGUCAAAUCAAACUGUAGCUUGGAAGGUUUUCCGAUGUUUCAAUUAUGCCACUACGUAGCAUGAUCAAUUCUAGGGGGGGAAGUAGGAAUACUACAAAAACACACAAUAAAGCUUUUUUUUUCUGAUCUCAAUGCACAUGGGAGAGAAUAUGUUUCUUAAAGGUUUGAGUACUUACUGAUGAGCAACAGAAGUUACUUUGAGAAGCAGUUUGACUUGACGUUCAGGCCCAAACAGAUGGAGAAUGAGGGGAUCCGGGGAAAUAUUUUUUACAAAGUGUUGGUGUUGUAAGAUCAGGGAGGAUUGUUGCUGGACAGCAAAGCAUGUUGGGACAUGGAGUCCAUAGAAAAAAUAGUGCAGUGGAUGAAAUGUCUUUGUUGUCUUUAUCAACUACUGAGUUAGGCGUAAGGUGACAAGAUAUGGGGUGAAAAUGAGGUUUUAAAAGAGAAAUCUGAGUUCAGACGUUGAGCAGAAUGGAUUGGCUUAUUCCUCCGUUGCUGUGACGACGCUGAAUGAGAGAUUUGGGGAAUCAGAUUUCAAUGAGAUGGUGUUACUAAACAGGACAUGAUAAUGUGUUAUUUCUUAUAUUGUUCCAUUUGUUCUCUUUGCCAAAGUGUUUUUUUUCAUCCCUUUUUGUGAUAUUUCUUUUAUCUAGCAACAAAUUCCAGCCUUAAAUACAAAACAUUUACAGUUACCUAAUGUUGUGGUGGUUUGUAGCUUUAAGUGACGGGGACGUGUACAGAUGUUUUAUGGAAGUGUUUGAGAUGAGCUUUUGAAUGUUACAGUGGUUGAUGUCUUUGAGGCUUUGGAUGUUGUCCUUACCAACUUUUACAUGUAGUUGUAUUUAGAAUACAGCAAUAUAUAUAUUUUUGUGUCAUUUGUUUUUGCGCACAUAGACUGCUGGGCAACUACAGUAUGUAUUUUAUUAGCAUUUGGACAAUGAAAGUCAUGAAAUCAAGCAACAAGUAAUCAGGUUAACUCCUCGUUUAAGACCUUUAUACUCUAUAUGAUAUGAUACUGUACUUUGAUACCAAUGUGUGUGUGUUUUAUGUCUUCAGUUUUAUCAUCACCGGUCACAUUGCAACUGCAGGGCAGUUCAAAGAGCAUCUAAUUUAUUUGACUCCCCGAGAGAAACAGAGGAGAGUACUUGAAUAUCGACAAGGUGUCCAACCACAAAGACGGACACUGUGCGCAGAAUUUAGAAACAACAGCUAGUCAGUUACAAGUCAAGGACACCAGCUUCUUUAAAGCGCUCAGCUACACUUACAAAGAAUCGAUGCUGUGUGUAUCGAAACAAAAAUCCUAAAUAUUGCAAAAGCUGCUGUGCAUUUUGCUUUCUACACUUUCUAACAAGGAGGUGAAUUGAUUGGAUCAAUGAGAUUUUUUUCGUGGGGGGUUGUAUAAAUCAGGUUGAAAAAUGCUGGUACUCCAUUUAUAUCCUGUGCCUUCUGGUAUUUUAUUCUUGUGUGAUUUUUUUUACAUCUUUUUUUUUAACUGUGUCAUGUACCUUUGUGUUGCCUUGUGCAUAUCUCAAUGCCUUAAAGCAGGGCAAAUGAAGGUGGAAAGGUUGCUUCACUCACUGUUAAAUACUCCACAUUAAAGGCAGGGUGGGUCAUUUUCUCCAGAUACACUUUUUAAGAUUUUGUUUGAAAUUAUCUUUAGGUCGUGACAGAAAUUAGUAAUUAAUGUGCUCUGAAAAAGGAAUGAAGAAAAUCCGUCAUCUGUAGCAGUUUUAAGCCUGUAAAAACUUUGACCAAUGUCUGCCACGAGGUACCAGUCUGAUGAACCAAUCAUGAACCUCCCUGUCUCUCUGCUCGUUCUCUAAACCUGGCGUGCACUAGCCCACACUCAAAGCGCGUCACAGAUAAUGGUGUUUAUUCUGUGAGUUUGUGGAGUUUUAACAUGAAUUAUGAUAAAGUUUAGUGUUUAUUUACCGCUGAAUGAGACAUGAGACGACGUAGUUCCUACACAAUGCAAGCGAUGAGAUGAGGUCGGCUUCUGGAGCAACGGCGCUCGUGCAUGUAAUCGAGGGGCGUGGCUUAUGAGGGAACACAGAGGGAAGGGGGUGGGUGUAGACCUAUGGUGUAGACGGAGCACUGAGGGAAUGCUACUUUCAAAAUCAUGCAAGUUUUCAAAAAUUACCAACCCUGCCUUUAACUUUGUAUUUUUCACAAAAAAAAUGACCCAUGAGACCUUAAACAGCUCUGUUGAGUGAGUAAUAGAUAACGUUUUUUAAAUCCAGGCAGAAUAUCUGUUUGUUUGUUUUUGACCUUUAAAUAGGAAACAGCCAGAAAACUGUUUUCCAAUUACAAUACACAGAAACACAGUACGUUUCUUUUGGUUGUAAUUUGCAGUUUUAGGUUACUGCACCUGUGUUAGACUUUCUUUUUAUCUCCUCUUGUCAUGUGGAAAAAAAGUAGCCGAAACAGAUUUCGCACCUCAGUGUAGCAUUAUUGAUCACCACAUUACAUACAAGAUAUUACUACUUAACCUUUGCUUACCCUAUAGGUUUGUAAGAAUAAUAAUUGGAGAGACAUGUAUGGUUCUGAUUUUGACAUUGUUGGCCUAUGAGUGUACCACAGAGUUUCAGAAUAAAGGCAUUAUGGAUGCAUGGUCAGUGACAUUCCCAAGUUUCUAUAGCUAUCAGAUGAGCUACGUUAUGUUAAUCAGUGUUUUGACACAAAUCACCAGCAGUGCUGAAGCAGAUAUCACAGACAUAUGAUUUUCACUUGUUGGUUGACAUGAUCUUUUUAACAGUAUCAAUAAAGGUUGACUUCAAAGCUUC